AUGUUUGCGUUUGAAUAUGAAGGAAAAUUAUAUUCUAAAGAAAAUUUUGAUCUGAUGCAAAGCCUGAUAGAGAGAUGGGAUAAGUUACAUCAAACAAAUAUUUUUAGAUAUAAGUUAGAUAAUUUGAGAGAAAGAGUUAUUGGAAAUGCUUAUGUCCUACAGUUAAACUGUGAUAGAAGUGUUAAGAGAAGGUUACCUGAGCAAAUUACUGAUAUUCAACAGCCAUUUGAUAAGAAUAAAUUUAAUUUUACAAAGGUGUCUGAAGAUGAAAUUUUAUUUAAAUUUUGGGAUACACUAGACAAAGCUACAAUACAUACUGUACUAAUAAAUGUGAGUCCUAUAAACCAGUACCACUCACUUUUGUGCCCAUAUGUGAACAGAAUGCUACCUCAAGUUGUCAGUUUAGAGAGUCUCAAGUUGGUACUUGAUGUAUAUACAAUGGCUCAACAUCGUGAUCUACGAAUAGCCUUCAACAGUUUAUGUGCCCUGGCAUCUGUCAACCACUUACAUUAUCACAUAAUAAUGGAAAAGCAGAACUUACCUGUGGAAUCGGCGGAAUGCAGAAAAAUUAAAGGGCCCGUGUGGAUAACAGAAGGCUAUCCAAUACCAGCAUUUUGUUUCAAUGCAUGCUCUAAAGGCGCCGCACAGAACAUAUUCAAAUUGAUCCACUACUUCCUAGACAACUCAAUAGCACAUAAUAUUUUCAUAACCAGAGGCUCUUCUUUUGAUGGAGAAGGGGAGAUAACAAGGGUGUUUAUUUGGGCCAGAAAGAGUACAGCAGGAGCAAAACAGUUGUCUGCAUUCAAUGUAGCAGCUUUGGAGUUAAGUGGACUGUUUGCUGUGUACUCUAUGGAACAUUUUGAUAGUUUAGAUACAAAGGACUUGGAAAGAGAGUUAGUUAAAUGGAAAGUGGACAAUUUGGAACAGUUAUGUAGAGAAAUCGCAGAUCUAUAUUAA